UGAACGGUCUCCUCCGCUGGUGUCUGACGACAGCUGAGGUGUGAUGUCAUCAAGUACACAAGUAACCUGCUCAUCCAGAUGCAGAAAGACAGACGUGUCCUCGGGUCCUCCAAAUUAUGUUCUCGUUGGCUUGCAGUGAUGCCAUCAUCACCCUUCUUCUUCCUUCUUCCCUUUCUCCUCCUCAUCCCCACCUGGACCCUGGAGUUUCGUUACCAUAACAACCGUGAGAUCCAGGAGUACCUCCUCCAGGUCAACGCCUCCAACCCCGACAUCGCACACCUGUACAGCAUCGGCAAGUCUGUCAGAGAACAGGAGCUGUGGGUGUUAGCUCUGGGUGUCAGCCCUCGCCGUCACACCGUCGGAAUCCCAGAGUUCAAAUAUGUGGCCAACAUGCAUGGAAAUGAGGUUCUUGGUCGAGAGCUGCUGCUCCAGUUAAUCGAUAACCUGGUGCGAGGUUACCGCACCAAUGCGACGUGGUCACUACAGCUACUGAACAGCACUCGCGUCCAUAUCCUGCCCACCAUGAACCCAGAUGGCUUCGAUGACGCAGACACAGACUGCCAGCAUGUUCAGGGCAGGUUCAAUCACAACGGCAUGGACCUGAACAGGAACUUUCCAGAUGCUUUCUCUGGUCUCCGAAGGCAACAGCCACUGAAUGAGGAGAAAAGGGAAGCCGAGGUGAGAGCGGUGAUUGGCUGGUUACGGUCUGAGACUUUCGUCCUCUCUGCAAACCUUCAUGGAGGAGCUCUGGUGGCGAGUUAUCCUUACGACAACAGUAACAGAGGCAUCGAGCUGGUGGGCGGGGCCAGCAUGACCCCUGAUGAUGACGUGUUUGUUCACCUGGCCAAGCUCUACUCCCACCAUCACGCCUCAAUGCACGAGGGGGACCGCUGUGAAGACAGCAGGCCGUUCCUGGACGGCAUCACCAAUGGAUACCAGUGGUACCCUCUAGCAGGUGGGAUGCAGGACUACAACUACGUCUGGGCGCAGUGUUUGGAAGUGACUCUAGAACUUUCCUGCUGCAAGUUUCCUCCACCUCAGCAGCUUCCUGAUCUGUGGGAGGAUAACCGGAAGUCUUUGCUGGCGUUCAUCCAGCAGGUCCAUCUGGGGGUGAAGGGUCGUGUGUUUGAUGGCUCCGGCAUUCCUGUGCAGAACGCAGUGGUGGAUGUCAAAGGGCGCAAGAAUCUGUGUCCAUUCAGAACCAACCAGCACGGGGAAUACUACCGACUGCUGCUCCCUGGGAGCUACACUCUCACGGUGACAUACCCAGGACACGAGGUUCUGACAGAGACUCUCAAAAUCCCACACGGUCCGGAUUACUACUCCGCCUUGAAGCAUGACUUCCAGUUACGACGCGUCGCCACAACAAGUGGGAGCACCCCAGCUAAGCCCACCCACGCGAGCCCCAGCCCUUCCUGUAAUUACACGUUACAGCUGGAAGGGGGCGGAGCCGCGGCCGCGCCCAGGUGGAGCGGGCUGUUCGCGGGGCUCAGCGCCGUAGCAUUCCUGCGAUCGCUGAUGGACUGAAGUCUUUCUCUGUCACAUCUGGAGCAGGAGGUUGCAGGUUUGAUUACAGCAGCAAUAACUGACCUUCUGGAGUUACACGCUGAGGCAAACCUCAAAACCAACACCAAAAACUCCCCAAAAACUCCUAGAGGUUUCUGAAGGGACGUGUAAAAACUGGAAUUUGGGUAACGACAUGCUGCCAGCUCUGUGGCGGCCAAAAACAUUUCUCACGCGGGAGGAAAGGCACAAACUAGAAAGGAGCGGGAAGCUCCUGGUGACAGCAGGGAGAGAAGCAGCAAAUGUAUAAUCCUUAAAUAAUGGACAUUACUGAGCAAAUAGACCACUGGCUUAAAAAAUAUUAGAAUAUCUCCCAGUAGGAAAAGUGCAGCGUGAAAAUAUACACAAAUAAUAUCUGAAUUCAAAUCAACUAGCUUUCCGUCCACUUGCAAUAUGAAUUAAUCCCAAUUUCAAGCAUCUUAUAAAAAUGUUGUAGAAAUUUGCUGCGACGCAGCAGGUAGUGUCAUUUUCUGUAACUAGCUCGCUAAGACAAAGCUAGUUGUCGUAUUAACUAACUUAUCAACUCAGAGCAAACAGAAUAUAUCUGUUUUGUUCACCAUCAACAUAAAAGAGUACUCCAUCAUACUUUCAGUUAAUUAACCUUUUUUUUUCAUAAAACUGUGUGUUUUGUUCAUUCUGGCUCCUUGUUGACUCAAAGUGUCAAGUUAGCAUUUUAUUAAAUGUGUGUAACUUGUACAGAUUUAGUUUUACCCUAAUUUCAGGGUAAAAAAUGCAAUUUUAUUCCUCCAAGAGGCACAGAUGCAGAUUUUCUUUCCUAUUGCCGGUGGAGGGAUUUGCUUUUUAUGAGGUUUCUGGGGAGUUUUGUUUAUGCAUCGUGUCUCACGAGACGUACUUGUUUUUUUUUUUUUUUUUUCGGGCUCUCAGUGUGAAUGUGGUGACACAUUAGCAAACUCUCGCUUUGACACAUGUGACUUCAUGAUGAGAAUGAACACUCCACUUCCGCUGACACUGGCGAUGUUGGCAACUAUGUCUGAAAACCACCACACAAAUCACAAGGAGGAAAUAUUUCCCUGGACUGGUGGAUUUCGCUUUCAUUAGAGUAGAGCAGCAGCAUCAUGAAUCAAAGUGACAAUCUACGUUUGGCACUUCUGGAUGAAAAAUGCUGCAACUUCCUGUUCCUAUUCCUAUUCUAUUUGCAGUGUUUCAGAAACCUCGCGGUGGGAGAUGCUGUUAUGUUUCCAGAAAUUGUGGCUCCUGGCUGUAGCUGUGUUUGGGGUCCGUAGCUGAAACAAAAAACCCUCCACCUGAAUGGAGAGGUGGAGACAUUGCUUAGUUCUGUCUUUAUUUUUGCUUUUGAGAGUCUGAACACAGGGGACAUUCGGAUAAUAAUUACCGGAGAAUGUCGGUAUAUCUAGACACUUGAGGUCGAAUGUGCAACCAGGCUACCAAGGAGUCCACACUCAGACUCAGACAUUAAUAGUUUGGAGACAUUUGUGAACACAAAUAUCUGAUCAUCAUUUCCAGCUGAAAACAAAGCCUUUGUUCAUGGUUUUUGUACACCUAAAGGAGCUCAAUUGAUUUUCUCCCCUGGUAAAUGCCAGUGUGAUGAGGCCUUACAUUCUUUCUGUUAUUACUAAUUUAGAAGUAGCACUGAAAGUCAAGUGAAUUUUACUACUGAGGGCUUAAAGUAUUAUGUUUUUUUUGUUGUUUUUUUUUAAGUAUUUGUGUUGUAUUUGUUAAAGGAAAACUUGAUGUGACAAGAAUACCCCAACAAUAUUCAGGAUAAAGGGAUCAGACAUCAAGAAACCUCAGGAAAGUAAAAACAUGAACCCACUGUAUUAUCCUUGCACUGUACAUGCAUGGUAUGCACUCACAGGAAUAAUUGGGUUUUAAAUUUAGAUUUGCCUUCUUGAAAAGACAUCAUGGAGAUUGUCGUAGGAGGAAAAAAGCCCCAGUGCUUGAGGAUUCAGUAAAGUCUUCCCUGCUGAGAUGUUCCAGCCUGUGAGACAGAUUUAUUACAUGCGGUCGUAACUGUAAUUUUAUAUGCCAGGAGGAGCACUUUAAAAUCAGCACUUGCAAGAAGAGAAUGCGGUUUUUAGUAUGGGAUGAAUACAGGAGAAAAUGGCCCUCGGAGGAGGAAAUCACAGCAACACGAGCUCUGAGAUUAAUCCCUCCUGGUGAUGCCACACAUUAGACUUCUGCUACUGUUUGAUUUAUGAUGACAGAGGACCUGUAAUCUUACAUCUGCUUGUCAGCAUUCAUCUUUUCUGUACUCAUCACACACUUCUCACAGACAGGGAAGGUCUAGGGGUUCCCAACCUAAAUCUUCUUCUUUCUAAGGAAGUAGAAACCUAAAGGUAAUUAUGAUGUUUCAAUUUUUAAUUUAUUACUUGGGAAAUAAAAUAGUUUUGGUUGUCUAGGCCUUUAAAGCCUCUCUAUGUAUCAAAAUCACUACUGAUGCUUUGCUGGCAGCGUAUCACAAGAAAGUGUGUGUGAAAAUCCUGGUGUAAGACACAGCAAACAGCACCUCCAGUGGGACACGGUGGUAUUGCAGAGUAUUGUCUUGUGCUGGAACAAAACACAAUUUUAAAGACUCAUUAAAAAGGGUCUAUGUUGUAUGACAGGUUGAACAAGUGAAGUUUACACCAACUUGCCAUCAGUCAGUUUCAACUGUUUCACUUUUUGACAAUACUGUACAGCAGUUAUGUGUGCCCUCAUGUGGUCAGAGGUGGUAUUGCAACUUAAAUUGACUUUAAAAUCUAGACAGAAUAGCUCGUUUGUGUUGAAACUACUGUUGUUUUAUACUUUUUCGUCCUCAUUUUUAUAUCUAAAACUAAAGCCUGUUUCCCUACAGGUGAUUAAACACCCGCUUGAACCUGUUUGUUGGUUCUAAACACCAGUGUGUGUACAUUUAUACACACUGAAGCACAAUAGACUUACAUACAUUAUGUUAGAUUAUUCUAACGGUUAAUGUAAUGGAAUGUAAAUAACAGUUAUUUAUAAAUACAAAUGUAGAAGCAAUAUGAUUAAACUGUGUAUUACUCAAGAGCACCACCUGGUGGCCGAAUUUGGCAAAACCUCUGUCAUCCUAGUUAAACAGUUGCAGGAGUAAAAAUGUGAGUUGUACAAACAGGUACUAAUACAGCUGUAAAAACAAAUGCAUAAACGCCACUAAUCUGAGAUAAAUAAUAUAUUUCCUGGUUCCGUGAUUCGAUGUAAUGUCUCAUAAACCCUUGAAUCUAAUAACUUGCUGAUAAUUUAUAUUGAAAACUUGAACACAUACAGACAAAAAUACCUUUAGAUUGUUUUAAGGGUCUCCAGUUUGGGAACAGUUUCUGUACAAAGCAUGUAUUAAUGUACGACAUAUACAUCAAAAGUCUACUUUAACCUCAUUCUGAGGACCUCAGGCUAAUUUUGUCACAUCUUCAGGGUUGAAACUCAGCAUCUCUCUGCAGAAUUUGUGUUUUCCCCCAAAUCAAACUUUAUCCGUGCCAAAUGUGUUUUUUUUAUCUCUUUAUUGCUGAUUAUUGAUUUUGUUGAUAAAAAGUAUCACCUCAUGAAAUCCUGUGCCAUGUUCAUAUGCAGUGACUGCAGGCUUCAGUCACACCUCACAUACCAGACCUCAGUACAGAUGUUGCCUUUUUCCUGUUUUAUUCAUGUUUUAUUUACACAGUAAAACAAUAAAUUCAACCCACUCACUGGAGGUUCAAUCUUGAGUUGAAGGAAAAGUGAAGUAGACCAACCUGGUUCUGGAAGGAAACCUUAUUAAAGUUAUAAACAAAUCAAAAA